UGCGCGUGCUACUUCAUGUACAAAUACCCUACACUUUCAACAUUCUAGACGCAAUUCACUUUGUUUUUCUUUUCCCCAAUAUUGUAAUGCAAAACUGCAAUAUUGUUUGGUGAUUUCUCCAUUAGUUUAUCUGUUUCCAAUGGGCAUUUCCUGUCUAUAAAGUCCACCAUGAAAUCCCACAUCUGCCUCUUUCCUUUCUCAUCUUGAUUUUCCCCUGUCUCUCUGCAAUCACCUCUAGAUCUCUUCCAUAACUCUCUCAGGUUAUCUUACAUACUGAAUGUCCGAGUCUCUUCGGUUUCUGUGCUUUCGUCUGGCUAGAAAAUCUUUUUGAUGCUCAACAUCUUGUUCUUGAUGUUUGAGACUCAUGUCUCCCCCCGUACUCAGUGAAAUCCUCCUCUCUGGUUUUAUGAUCAACUCUACUCUCAGGCGCAGGACCCAUCUUGUUCAAUCUUUCUCUGUUGUUUUCCUUUACUGGUUCUACGUGUUUUCAUGAACUAUCUGAUCUUUCUGUAACUCCAUAAUCAGCCCUUAAUUUUCUUUAGUUUUUCUUACCUAUUUUUCAUAGAGCAUAAUCCCAUAUUUGAGAUCUUUCGAAUAAUCAACUUACUUCUGGGUCCUGUGCUAUUCCUUUUUCCCAAGCAUAGUCCAGUAAUUAUUGCUAUUGUUUUUGUUUUAUAACCGUUGUCGUUAUGGCUACUUCAAGCACCGGGGCAUCUUCAGCUUCAAGCACGAUGAUGAGAAGCUCAAGUUCCGAUGAGGAUUUGCAGCAGAUUUUGGAUGAAAGGAAGCGCAAGAGAAAGCUGUCCAACAGGGAAUCGGCACGUCGGUCUCGGAUGCGAAAACAGAAGCACAUGGAUGAUCUGACGGGCCAAGUUUCUCAACUCACAAAGGACAACAACCAGAUCAUUACAAGCAUGAACAUCACCACACAGCUUUACUUGAACGUUGAGGCUGAGAACUCGGUUCUUAGAGCUCAGAUGACUGAGCUCAGCACCCGGCUGCAAUCUCUCAACGAAAUCAUCGAUUUCAUAAACUUAAGCAAUGGGGUUUUCGAAAAUGAUCACAACUUUGAGGCUGCCCAUCAUCAUCAUCAGAUCAAUGAUGAUACCUUCAUCAAUCCGUGGACUUCUUUCUCUGUCAAUCAACACUUCAUGGCUUCUGCUGACAUGAUUAUGUACUGAGCAAUCAUUUCUAUGCUGUGAAAUCCUGGCUUUAUGGUUGUUGAUUGUUGCUCUUAUUUCUAAUUUUACAGGUGUUGCUUAGAUCCUAUUGGAGAGAGCUAGAGCUGUCCCCCCCUUUCUUUUUCUUGUGUUUUACUUCAUUUAGUUUGUUAAGGCUUUGCAUAAUCAAGGGAUGCAUGGGUGGAGAUUUGUGGUAAUCAGACAGAAAAGUUGGCAAUGCCAUAGCUGGGCUGUUACAUUAUUACUGUAAAGUUGCCAUUUCUGGUUUUUUAAUGUAAUUAUCAUUGCAACCCCACACCUUUCAGCAAGUUUUUUAAGAACAAAAAUUCUUAUUAGCUAA